GCGUAUGGUUUUUCUUUCGUUUAGUGGGUUUAGGAAUAAUUUGUAACAAAGUAAAUAUAAUCAUAGCAAAACCAUGGCUUACUUGACGCAGCCUGAUUACGUGAAGUACAAGUGUUCCUGCGGUCAACUGAAGCCUAUCACUAGUCUUUACUUUUGCCGACACUGCUUGAAAAUACGCUGCGGAUUCUGUAUUUGUCAUGAGGUUGACUCCCACUACUGCGCCUACUGCCUCGAAAACAUGCCAUCCUCCGAAGCCCGCCUAAAGAAAAACCGUUGCAGCAGCUGCUUUGACUGCCCAAGCUGUUUCCACACCCUCUCUACCCGGGCUACACUAGCCCAGCCUCGGCAGGACCCGGCGGCAGGGGCGGGGGGUGAUGGGAAGGUUGGAGAUGGGAAGCAGGCAAAGAGGGUGUAUUAUCUGUCGUGCUUUAACUGCAGGUGGACGGCUAGGGAUGUGGGGAUUCCAGAUCAACCUGUAGCAUCGGGCGGCUGGCCGGAGCGCACCAGCCCACACGCAACUCGAGUCAACCAACUGCUUGACUACUACAAGGCUGUUCUGCAGCAAGAGAAGCAGGAGAAGAUAGAAAGGGAGAGGAAGAAGUUUGCCGUUAGAGGGAAAUACAUCACACUUACUGACAAAACAGGCCUAACAGGAGCCAUGGCUCGCAGCAUCGCAGGGCUACCUCCAGCUGAGGGCUCCAGCCUCGCCUUAGCCGGCUUCACCCCGGCUGUCGCUAGUGAAGAAGUCGAUGAACUACCAGAAGACGCCUUCACUAAGGAUGUCAACUUGAAUCAGAUAACGAGUAUGCCACAACGCCUGGCCGCCCCCGAAUGGCAGCCCACUCAGGUCUCCCGCCUACAUCCCAUCGCCAAACUCCUCAGUGUCAAGCGAUCCCAGCGGUGCCGGGCUUGCGACCACAACCUCACCAAGCCCGAGUACAACCCCGGAUCCAUCAAGUUCAAGAUAGAGCUGCUGGCAUACUACCACGUGCCCGAAGUGAAGAUAAUCUCCUGCGAGAUCGUCCGUCCAGGCGGCAAGUCCACCCUGCUCCUGAAGCUGGCCAACCCGACCCCACACGAGAUGACCUUGAGACUGCUGCACCCUUCAGAGGUCCCUGCUGAGGAGGAUAAGGAGAAGGUGGAUAAGGACACCAGUCUGGAGAAGACUUUGGACAAAAGUCUGAAGAUUGAGAAGCAAGAACCAAGCUGGAACCCAAGAGAACCUCCUGCAGUACUGACUCAAAUCACACCGCCCGCUGUGACGCUCACGCUCGCUCCAAGAGAUGACGCAGCCGAAUAUGAUGAUGAUGCUCGACACGAACCCAGCCACAUAAUCCUCUGGCGCAAGUCCAACAAGCUCGCCCUGCGCCUCGAGCUCACCACCGACGCUCGCGCCGCAGAGGGCGCGGCGGCGCAGACCGCGCUGGCGGUGGAAUAUUGUUACCGCAACACGGUGCCGCAGCCCGGCGCUCCGCAGAACAGGGAUCAUACCUUAUAUACUAUAAUGUAUUUGGAUUUAGGGACUGUGGGAUCGGCUGGCCUCUAAAUCGUGAGAUUGUAACCUCCAGUUUGAAGCAGCUUCAUGUAUUGUUUAGUUUGAGAAGCAUUGGGUAGCCGAACUUGGCAGGAACAGUAAAAAAAUAUUAUUUUUGAGCUGAUAGUGAUAAUCUGAUAAUAAUAACAUAUAAAGCAGUAUGAUUAUCUCUACUUCCUCUUAAUGAAGUUUAAUCAAUAGCUAGUCAUCGGCGAGGCCGCCAUGUAAGGUAUUUACAACACUUAACUGCCCAUCGAUGGACCUUAUAUAUUUUCAAUAAGGCUUAUGAAAUCUCAGUUCACAGUGUUGACUAUGAUACUAAAAGCGACAUAUAACUGACCUUAUUUCAUUGUAAUAAGGUUGGUUUUCUCGUAGUCAGGUUAGUUAACAUGUCAGUAAAGCUAAAAUAAAUCUCGCAUAUUGCAAUAUGCAUAUUUUGGUGGCAGCUGUAUUUUUAUACUUUGAUAUAGAUAGAGCAAAAUUCAUAAUGUUAUAACUGAAACUAGACUUAAUCGCGUGGCCUGACGUUUCAAACGUGACGUUACGUUCGUAGUCACAGGCAGAAUGGCAAGGAAUUGUAUCAACAAUUCAACAUCAUCUUGCUGCGCGGGUUUUCCGAAUUACCCGCACUUGAAUAUGAUUAUUCACUUGUACGCUUGUUUCAGUAUUAAAAUUAUGAGUGAAAAUCGCGUUAGUUUAAUUUUAAAUUAUUAAACAUGGUCGCCCUAAAUCUACUUGGCGUCGUUCUGAGGAGCAAGAGCUGGGUGUAUUGAGGAUGGGGUGGAAGGAGGUUACCCAAGCUGUCCAAGACCGUAGUCAAUGGAAAAACAAGAUUCGAGCCCUACACCCCAGCAGGAGGUAACAGGAAAUGAAGAAGAAGAA